AAAAUAUAAUGGGAUGCAAUGAAUCACGUAAAGAGAAUAAGAUCUCAUUAAAUGAGGUGGUGUUAGAUAAACUACGUCGCUUAUUUGAUAGAUUACGAACUAGAUAUCGAGAGUAAAUAUAAUUCGUUUUUCUUUAGAACUGCAACAACAGACUAUAUUUGUUAAGAAAGUUUGGAGUACCUAUGUGAUGGUAACCCAAGUUUGGGAGGAAAACUAUAUUAGUUCAUGUUGAAGCAUUCUACAAAUCAGAAGGUUGAUUUUGAGAACUUCAUUCCAAUAGUAGAAAUCCUAAUUGAAGAACCUAGUUCUUAUCAUUUAUAGGGAUACAGAUCACUUGAUAAGAUGGAGAUCUUUUUCCUUAUUAGUUUGUAAAGACUAUCAAUAGAUGAUCCUGAAUUCAAAGACUCUAAUGUAUCAUACUUGGAGGCCCUUUAAUUUCUCCAAGAUGUUGAGUAUAUAUCUCUCAGAUCAGGUUUGGCAUUGAGUUCAAAAUUCACUCCUGAUGAAUCAGUUGCUCGAUCAAUAUUGAGUGCUGUAUAUCCAAACAGUUCAGGUGCUGUCAAAUGGUGGAGUCUAGUACUUUUCUUUAAGUAACUAUUCCCUCAUUUAACGGAAUAAGUUAAGCAAUACUUUACAAUGUUAUUUUUGAGUGUAUAACAAUAGAAAUUGUAAGCAAGGUAUGAAAUGUAAUUAAAUCAGAUUUACAAAACCAUCAUAUUUGCUUAAUGGUCCAUAAUACAUAUACUUAGGACUUGGAAAUGCAUAUAUAAAGUCAUCUAGUCAAGUAAAUUUGUUAUGGAGCAAUGCUAUAUCUGGUUGGAAUUUUGAAUCUUUAUACAGAGCUUUAUUAUCAUUUGAUGGUCCAACAGUUUUUUUAUUAAAAUUUAGUAAUGAUUCUGAUGAGUCGAUUGUGGGAGCAUUUUAGAAGAAGAAAUGGAUAGAUUCAGGAUUAUAUUAAGGAAAUGAGGAGAGUUAUUUAUUUUAAUUGAUUCCAAAAUUCAAAGUAUUUGCAGCAAGUCGUUUUAAAAGAACAUUUCCUAAUGAGAGUGAUUAGAAUACAUAAAAUUAUUCAUACUUACAUUAUUUUGGAGAAGGUAUAGGAGAUUAUAAAGGUUUGAAUGAAGUAGCCCCUUCAGGAGUAGGAUUUGGAGGAGCAAAUAAUAAAUUUAGAUUAUGGAUAGAUGGUUAAGAUAUGUAAAGAAAAAGUUAUGUAACAGCAGAAGAUGAGACAUAUAAAAAAGGUGUAAUAAUGAAUAUUAUUUAGGUUCAUUAAUAAAUCCAGUAUUGAAAGAAUAUAAGUUAACAUAUGCUGAAGUGUGGAGUGUUGGAAAGGAAGUGGAUAUUUUAAGCACUUAAUUAUUAAUAGAGAAAGCUAAUUAUUUAGAAUCUCAUUAUUUAAGAUCAUCAAUGAGAGUAUAAAAGGAAAUGAUUGGUUUAAUGAAAGUACCUUUAAAUAUGGAGGAAGAUUAAUAAUAAUAAGCAAGAUUAUCUGGUGUAUCUAAAUCUCACAUUAGAACAUCAUCUGCGAUUUAAUAAUCAAGAAAAGCUUAGAUUUUAGAUAUGGUAGAUCCUUAGGCAGUUCAACCAAAUUACUAAUCUAAUUAAAGAAAUACUUAGACCUCAUUAGCUAGAAGUAAAACAUCUAAGAGUUAUAUUCAAUAAUAAGCAGCAUAGAUUUAAGAGGAUGGAGUAGAAGAGACAGGGUUUGGAGCAACAACAUUAUUUAGAGGAAGUGCUCCUCCUGAAUAACCAUAAGAACCAGAUGUUGGUUAUGGCGCUACAUAACUUAUUAGAAGUUCAUAUUAAAAGGAAUGAAUGACAUUCAUUUAUCAAUAAAAUACAC